UCUCUGUUACGUCCGCAGACGGGAAACAAAUAUACAGCCUCUGCCAAGCAAGCGUUACUCAACUUUGAUCGUUCAAAGAAAGACCUGUAACCAUGAGUGGAAGGGGCAAGGGUGGCAAAGGACUCGGGAAAGGAGGCGCCAAGCGUCACCGUAAAGUUCUUCGUGACAACAUCCAGGGAAUCACUAAACCCGCCAUCCGCCGUCUGGCUCGCCGUGGCGGAGUGAAGCGUAUCUCUGGUCUGAUCUACGAGGAGACCCGCGGUGUGCUGAAGGUGUUCCUGGAGAACGUGAUCCGUGACGCCGUCACCUACACCGAACACGCCAAGCGGAAGACUGUGACCGCCAUGGACGUGGUGUACGCUCUGAAGAGACAGGGCCGCACUCUGUACGGCUUCGGCGGUUAAAUCCUAUUCAUACCAACGGCAGUAACUAAACGGCUCUUUUAAGAGCCACACACCUCACUGUAAGAGCUUUGGGUUUAAGUGUUGUAUAAAUUGUGUAGUAUGUAGUUUUACUUUCCCUUGGUUGGGUGUUCAGUGUACAUACAUUUUAGCUUCCCCCAAAUCAUAAGCAGCUUAUGUGUUGGAAGGCUGUAUGUUACAACUCAUGUGAUUAUCAGUUUUGAACAGAUAAUCACUGUUUAAAUAAACAGAUACGUUACCUUCCCGCAGUAGCUAAAACUCAUUUCAGCUUUUGUUUUUACACUAAAACUAAUUUUUUUUUUAUAUAUAUAUAUAUAUAUUAGAUAAAUUUUUUUUUUUGUUUGGGGGGGGGUACGUGGGAUUGAGGAGCUAGCCCUUUAGAGUAGCUGAUUAAGUUAAUUGCUGUACUCAGCGUCAGACCUCUGGAGCUUAUUCCAAAUGUGGGUGUGAGGCAGGGUUCAUCGUGGACAGGUUUUCCAUUGCAGGGGUAACAUGGAGGCAAUUUUAUUUUCCACAAGCCUGGCGUGGAACAAACUUGGUGAACAAAAGUAGUAACAGUCUCACAAGGGUAAAUAACAUUCACAAAAAUACUUUCAUAAGAGUUUGAUACAGGUCUGGUUUGAAUGUUGUACUGAAAUGACUACAGUAUGUCCACAAUUACAGGUCUAACGCUCUGAACUCUGCACAGAAGAAUAAAAAAGUUAAAGCUGUUGUCUUGUUUGGAGAUGUUUCCAGUGAUAUGUGUUCACAUUAACAGACAAUAUGACUGAAUACACAAUAAGUAAUAUAAAUACAGUUAUUCUCGUGAUUGCUAUGUUGUCAAAUACAGGAUUUACAUUUAACUUACCACAGUAACUAAAACUCGUUUCAGCUUUUCUUUUACACUAAAACUAGUUUUUUGGGUACGUGGGAUUGAGGAGCUAGACCUUACUUUAAGCAGAAGGUCCUUUCUUUUUUCCAUUGUGAGACCGCCAGUAACUUUUCACCCACUAAAGACUGGGAGCAACAGCUCGACCAAUAGCAGGCGAGGAACUGCACAGCCGUAUU